AUGGUGCCGCCGCCUCCGCCAUGGCCAGGUACUCAGAGGAGGUUUCGCGAGGGGGCACAGCAGACGCAGGACUCGAAGGUCAAGUGCUCGGCUUGUUCGCGCUGGGCUUGGACGAGUAAGUUGCAGAUGUAUCAGAACACGUGCCUGUGUGGUGCGCCCUUCAGCAACCUACCUCCUCCUGAGGCGGGUGACGGGGAAGGGGCGGGCCCGAAGGCAGCGAAGGGUAAGGGCAAUGGCAAGCACUUGCAGCAGCAGGCCGCCCUCGAGGUGCAGCUAGAGGCCGUCAUCAAGGGAGGCGGCUCCGAGCAGGCGAAGGCGGCCCAGGCGCUGCUGGAUGCGACUCGUGCUGCAGGAAAGAAGUCGGAGUCGGCGCAACCCAUCACUCAGCAGGUGACGGCGGCGGCGUCGAAGGUGCAGAAGGCCCAGACAGCGUUCGAUAAGGCGCAGUCUCAGCAGCUCAAGUUGACGAUGGAACUUGAGAAGUGCAAGGGUACUUUGCAGGAUGCAGCAGCCACAUUGGCCCGAGCGGAGACAGAGAGGGCCAGGCUUUUCCGCUCAAUGGUGCCUUCGGUGGAGGCUCAGACUACUGCACAGGCGGGGGUAUCCCCUAACACCAUCGAUUUGUCGGCGCUGAUGUCUGCCCAGGCGGUGGACGAGUCCAUGUUCACUCUGUCGUUGGGCGAGGAAUUCAGUAAUGCGGAUGGGCUCAUUCCCCCAUCGGACGUCGCUGAGUUGGACAAGCGCAAGAAGGCGGUGAUGGAGGCGCUGAUGCACACCCUGCGUACCACUUUCGGCGAGGCUCACGACAAGCUGGAGGAGCAUAAGGAGAAGCUCGCGGAGAUGCGCGAGAAGAUCACCAAGAGGCGCAGGGAGAACUCCCCUGGGCCACCGCCUGUCGCUGGGGCAGGCGCCGCUGCUGGGGCAGCCGCGGCCCCUGCAGGCGACGCCGCUGCGCAGGCUGCGGGUCAGGCGCCUGCGGUGCCUGCAGCGGCUACGGCGCCAGCGGCCGCCCCUGGUGGGGAUGCGCCCGCAGCGGCGACCGCGCCUGGAGCACCUGAUGCAGUGGGGGCUGCCCGUCUGGCGGCCAUUGAGUCCAAGUUGAAGGAGGAGGCGGAGGCGUUGUUGGCCACAGCGAGGGGCGAGCCCGCCUUUGCCGCGUGCAAGUUCGGCCCCUACAUGUUCGCCGUCGAGGCUGGCUACAUUGGCAUGCUCUCUGCGGCUUACGAGUCGAAUGGUAAGUCCAAGGCAGGAGGUAUUACCAUGGGCACCCUUAAGAAGUACAAGGCGAAUGCUGCUAAGCUGGCCAAUGUCGGCACUUUGGUUUCUACGAUCCAGGGGCCAUGGCUGGCCAUCGGUGAUUGGAAUAUGACGCCAAAGGAGUUGGCUAGCACAGGCUGGCUGGCCAUGGUCAACGGUGCGAUCAUCACCCCCACCAACACGGAAUAUACCUGCGCGCUGGGCUCGGGGCGAAUGUUGGAUUACAUGGUUGCGUCUCAACACGCGGUACUUUGGGUCGAGUCGUUGUUGGCGGAUUUCCAGGCGGUCGAGGAGGCGGGGAAGGCUCACUACGGUCUUGAGCUUCAGCUCAACUUCGACGCCAGUCGGGCCAGAGCUUGGAUCAUGCGGCGUAAGCUGAGUAUCAAGAGCCCUCCGCCCUUGCAGUAUUCCCUCUAUGGUGAGGACGAGGACGAGUUUUUCACGGACGAGGAAGAAACGGAUGUCCCUGAUGAUAACGACGAUGAGCAGGUGGCCGUCGCGGAGUCUGAAUUGGACACCUACGCUUCCAUCCAGGCAGAGUGGUCUGCUGAGGCGAAGGACUUACUGUGGCAGCAG